AUCCUCAAAUGGUCCAACGGUCGUGAGCCCGCGGAGAUAUCAAAUUAUCAGGUUCCAAGACUUUAUCAUUUACACCCAGCCUGUCGUUUCUUUACAAAAGGAUCUAUCAAAUACUCACCUUAAAAUACGCUUCAACAAUGCCCGUACUCAAGCCCAAUGCUGAAUUCGGGCACUGCGUGCCCCCUGAGACGCAGUAUGGAAUUACCACCUACGCACCCGGUUGGGAAAAUGCAAUCAAGUUUCGGGAGGGAGAUCGGGCCACCAUGGCUCGUGUUGUACACAUAUAUCCGAGAUUUGGACCCUUCGGGCCCGUCUCCAAGGCACUCAUGGCCAUCUGCGCAAAGAUCAAAACCCCCGAAGGCCACGGAGCACUCUUCUUCACCUCCCCGGCCUCCUUCGCCACCGUCCGCGCCCACGCUCUUCACCCUCACCGGAAGCAGCACGUCCUGACAGACGACGACCUGGGCUACCGGUGUGUAGAUGUCGGCGAUGUGCGCCUCUACCUCGUCACCUACCCGAUGCCCAAGACCCCUGGCGUCAUCGGCGCCUGGCAAAACCCGGGCAUAGGCGUCUCGAUCCGUCUGGCAGAGAAGCUCCUGGAGGACAUUGAGUCCUUGAAAGAGGUCGAGUUCGAAGGCGCGGGAGACUCCUCGCCGCCGACAGAGUAUCUACCCGAGGGCGAGGCACACGGAAAGCUGAGGGAACGUAUCAUUGGGCUCCUUCACCGGGCCGCGAUCGAUCCGGACCAGGUGAAAGCCGAGGCCAGAGACGUGUUUUUGUACCCCACGGGUAUGGCCGCCAUCUUCGCCGCCCAUAGAACCCUGCUCGAGUACCGGCCCGGCAGCGUCGUGAUCCUAGGCAUCGCCUUCCAUAGUACCGUUCACUACCUCCAAGACUCCUCGCCACAGGGCUACAAGCACUUCGGUCCUGUCGACAAAAAGGGUGUCGACGAGUUUGAGUCUUGGCUCGAUGCAGAAACGGCUUCUGGUAGGGACGUGAGCUAUGUCAUCGCCGAGUUCCCCAACAACCCUCUACUAGCCAGCACUGAUAUCAAUCGUAUCAGAAAGCUUUCUCAAAAGCACAACUUCAUCCUCGUGCUCGAUGACACAGUCGGUUCCUUCAGCAACAUCGACAUCCUGCCCCAAUCCGACAUCCUGAUCUCCUCGCUCACAAAGUCCUUCUCAGGCUACGCAAACGUCAUGGGCGGCAGUAUCGUCCUCAACCCGCUCUCACCACACUAUUCCCACCUCCACCCCCUCUGGUCCAAAACCCAUCACAAUGAGCUCUUCAUCGGCGAUGCAGAGGUCCUCCUCUCCAACUCGGAAGACUACCUUCCGCGCACCGCGAUCCUGAACCGCAACGCCGCCGCCAUGGCCGCUCAUCUCCACGCCGAAGCCUCCAAGAACCCUGGAUCAGGAGUCGUGAAAGUCCUCUACCCCUCCGUUCUUCCAGACUACGAGACCUACAAGUCCUUCCUCCGUAAAUCGACACCGGAGCUUCCUGAGCCGGGCGCGGGCUGUCUACUGAGCGUCGACUUUGACUCCGUAGACGCUGCGCGCGCCUUCUAUGACCGGUUGGCGUUUUACCCGGGCCCUCAUCUCGGUGCGCACCGCACGCUCUGCUUGGCGUAUAACACGCUCGCGUUCGGUAAGGACCCCGACGAGGCGGCGUUCCAUCGGUCGUAUGGCAUCUUGGAGGAGACUGUGCGUAUUUCUGCUGGAUUGGAGGAUGUGCAGGACCUUCUUGAUACACUGGAUGAUGCGUUGGCUGUUGCGAGGGAGGUCAAGGAGAAGUUGGCGGAGGGUCCCACGACCGUGGAGGCUGCUGCUGGUCUUGGUGUUUCUGCCUAGCAGUUUGCCUUGUUCAGCUGGGCUGAUUUUGAGGCAGAGUAGAACUCUCGGCCAAUAAAGUAGGUUUAUGGAUUGUUUUCUGCGAAUCACGCUAGAUUCAAAGUCCGUACGGCAUGCCUUUCUCCAAAUAAUUUACAUUCCGGCUGAUCAGGCUCUCCUUUACGCAGGAUUAGGAGACAAAAUUUGCCCAGGUGGUGUCUAGAAUACACCCCUCAUCAUCAGGUAAGUCUGUGUUGCUGUCAGCUGAACGUCUGCUUUACACACACCACUUCUUACACGGCCAUUCCCUCCGAUUGGUCAGUUCUGCAUGUAAUGUGCCAAGUAAUUCAGCCCAAGACCCAGCCUGCUGCGUGCUGCUGUGCCAAGUUGCCAACACCCACGUUGCACAGUUAAAGCCCAAUCUCGUGGGGAGAGAAAGCAAAAGAGAUGGCUAACCCAACUAAAGACGUACUCGGCCUUUCAUUUCACAUUGUUCUUCUAUUUCCUCACUAUCCUCACUAUCCUCA